GAUUGAGUGUGGAGCAUAGCAAUAGCAUCGUCGCAAGCGAGCACCGUCGUCGAGCGUGGCACCUUAACGCCUGAGAAGCUGGUCGCAAGACGUUGUUCGCAGAUCGCAGCUCACCUCUGCUAUUGUUAACUCCGUCCAUCACUCCGUUCCGUUUUACCCUCUGAAUCGCAACCUCAGAGCAAAGCCGAUAUGGAAUGUGUGGUUCAGGGUAUUAUAGAGACACAGCAUGUUGAGGCCCUUGAGAUUCUUCUUCAAGGACUAUGUGGUGUUCAGAGAGAACGAUUGAGGAUCCAUGAAAUAUGUCUAAAGAGUGCUCCACAUCUGGGCACUGUAGCCUCAGAAGUACGACUCUUGUGUGAUCUAGAGCAAGCUGAACCAUCAUGGACUGUUAGGCAUGUAGGUGGUGCAAUGAGGGGUGCUGGUGCCGAGCAAAUUUCAGUUCUGGUUAGGUCAAUGGUGGAAAGCAAAACGAGCAAGAAUGCACUUCGUAUGUUUUGUACACUGGGGUACAAAUUAGACCAUGAGCUGCUGAGGGUGGGAUUUUCCUUCCAUUUCUACAGGGGUGCACAAAUCACUGUAACGGUUUCAUCAAUCAAUAAAAUGCUAAAGCUGCAUGCAACUGACGAGGCUGUGCCAGUAACACCUGGUAUACAGAUGGUUGAAGUAACAGCGCCUGCAGCAGCUGAAACCUAUACUGAAGUUGCUGCUGCUGUGUCAUCCUUUUGUGAAUACCUUGCACCGCUUCUCCACCUGUCCAAACCAGGCAUUUCAACUGGUGUUGUUCCUACUGCUGCUGCAGCUGCUGCAUCUCUAAUGUCUGAUGGUGGGGGUACAACGUUGUAGGCCUGUACUGCUGUUAUCCAUACAAGCUCACACUCGAUGUACAUUAUAAAUUCAUGACCCCACUUGUUUAAUUUCCAUAAAAGAUGUGAACUUGAAUUUUUCACCUGACAAGAAAGUGUGAAAGUUUGAUAACUGAGCAUGCCUUCAUGAGUCGAUAAAAAGAACUACUCCAUGAUCGAUUAAUUGGUAUAGAAGCGUAACUUGCUUCUUCGAAGCUUUUUUGGGAGUAGAAUAGUGUCAUGUUUUAAUGAAAAAAGAAGAUAAAAUUG